AUGGCACCAUCCUGGCUCGAGAACUUCAUCGUCCGCAGCGACUCACCCUCGACACCCGACACGCGCCGCGGAACCGAGACCCCCGUGCUAAAGCUCAAGUACACAAGUCUCGCGGAACACCGUCGCAUCCUGACCGUAGACGGUGAGAAAACACCCUUAUACGAGCUGAAGCGGCAGUCCAUCCUCGGGGCCUGGGGAAGCAAGAUCCACGUCACCUCGCCCUUAAACUCAGAUCAAGAAGUCGCGCUCAUCGACUACCACAUGUUCUCCGCGACUAUCGACUUCCCUCUGCGCGACGGGCAUCGCAUUAAGAUUAGCACAUCGAAGCAGAAGGUGGCUGUAAGCGGUGGUCUGGGGGAACUGCAUUGGAAGGGUACGGGGAUGGAGGUUGCGGGCGCGGCGUCGUGGGAGUUGAGGGAUGAGACGAGUCUUGUUAUGGUUGCGCAGGUGGAUCACGCACAGGCGAACGGAUGGGUUAUGCUUUGGAAGGAGGGGCUGGAUUCGCAGACGGUUGAGGAGCUUGUUGUUGUGGGGGUUGCGCAGAUUGAAGGGUAUAAGAGGAUGAUUAGGCAGAGUAAGACGUCGGCGGUUGGGGUUAUGGCGAACAAGUAG